AUGYAUGAAUCAAGUAUAAUUCCGGCAGAGAAACUGGUCGCCGGAGUUGAGAGAAGGGAGUUGCAAGGGUUGCUCAAGGCGGCGGUGCAAUCUGUGGAGUGGACUUAUAGUCUCUUCUGGCAACUAUGUCCUCAACAAAGGGUUUUGGUAUGGGGGAAUGGAUACUACAACGGUGCAAUAAAGACAAGGAAGACAACUCAGCCAAAGGAAGUGACAACGGAAGAGGCUGCACUCGAGAGGAGUCAACAGCUUAGGGAGCUUUACGAAACACUUUUGGCCGGAGAGUCAUCGACGGAAGUAAGGGCAUGCACCGCAUUAUCGCCGGAGGAUUUAACCGAGACUGAAUGGUUUUAUCUAAUGUGUGUCUCUUUCUCUUUCUCUCCUCCUUCAGGGAUGCCGGGAAAAGCGUAUGCGAGGAGGAAAUACGUAUGGCUAAGUGGUGCAAAUGAAGUUGACAGUAAAAUCUUUUCUAGGGCUAUUCUUGCUAAGACAGUGGUUUGUAUUCCCAUGUUUGAUGGCGUUGUGGAACUUGGCACAACGAACAAGGUAAAAGAAGAUUUAGAAUUUGUUGAGCUCAUAAAGAGUUUCUUCCUUGACCACACCAAGUCAAACCCAAAGCCUGAAAUAAGGUUUGGUUCUCCUGAUGAUGACGAUGCCUCUAUUCAAAAUCUACGCUCUGAUUUACAAGUAGAGCCAAUCCACACGUUAGUGGAGGAAGGUGGAAACUAUUCUCAGACAGUAUCAACACUUCUCAUGUCACAACCAACUAGUCUUCUUUCAGAUUCAGUUUCCUCAUCUUCUUACAUUCAAUCAUCGUUCGUCCCGUGGAGGAUUGAGGCUGUGAAUGAGCAUCAACAUCAUCGAGUGGAAAAAGAGUCGUCCUCGUCUUCACAAUGGAUGCUCAAACACAUAAUCUUGAGAAUUCCUUUCCUCCAUGACAACACUAAAGAUCAUAAAACGCUACCGCGAGAGGAGCUUAACCACGUGGUGGCAGAGCGACGCAGAAGAGAGAAGCUAAACGAGAGAUUCAUAACGUUGAGAUCAAUUGUUCCAUUUGUGACCAAGAUGGAUAAAGCCUCAAUCCUUGGAGAUACCAUCGACUACGUAAACCAUCUUCGAAAGAGGAUCCAUGAGCUUGAGACUACUCAACCCGAGCAACAACAUAAGAGGAUGCGUACCGCUAAGGGAAAGACAUCUGAAGAAGUGGAGGUUUCCAUCAUAGAGAGAGAUGUUUUGUUGGAGAUGAGGUGCGAGUACCGAGAUGGGUUAUUGCUCGACAUUCUUCAGGUUCUUAAGGACCUCGGUAUAGAGACUACUACGGUUCAUACCGCGGUGAAAGACCAUGAUUUCCAGGCAGAGAUAAGAGCUAAGGCGAGAGGGAAGAAAGCAAGUAUCGCUGAGGUCAAAAGAGCUAUCCAUCAAAUCAUAUCCAAUACUAAACUAUAG